UCAAGUCAAGCCUAGAUAAAGUCAAGCAAUUUUAUCAGUGGUGGGGAAUCUUGAUUAGAAAGAAAGGCGGAAUUUCGGAAUUCAUUAUUUUUAUCGUUACGAUAGACUAUUACAAGUAUUAUACAACUGUGAACAGUGUGAUAAAAAUGACGUGAUAUUUUAAUGAUGAAUCACAGGUCCGCGCGCUCAUUUAUUGCUCAUAUGGCGUGUUCUUUUCUGUUUCGUUUCAGUCAGUGUUUCACUAGCGUCGUGACUAGUGGCGCACGUCUCGAACUUUAAACCUGUCGAUAUUAUGUGGCCCGAACGAAAGGAUAGCAUUGAAAUUUUACAAUUAUGAUGCCUAUGGUGUACACAGUGUACGGUUUCGCCAUAUUUUUUAUGGUGGCUUGGGUGUGUCUUUGGUGUCUUCAUAUAAUGGCAUACUCGUAUUCUAAAUGGAAGUUAUACAGAACAGUAGACCGGUCACCGCCAGAGCAGCCGUAUCCAGGAGUUUCGAUUAUAAAGCCUCUAACCGGCAUCGACCCUAAUCUUCUUUCCAACCUAGAGACAUUCUUUACACUGGAUUAUCCUACUUACGAGAUAUUGUUUUGCGUCGAGAGCAAAGACGACCCGGCGGCUCUCUUAGUGGAGGAGACUCUGAAACCGAAGUAUCCCCAUAUUGAUGUGAGAUUAUUCAAAGGCGGGAAGCGAGUCGGCGUGAACCCCAAAAUAAAUAACAUGCAGCCGGCUUACCUGGCGGCGAAGUAUUCUUUGAUCCUGGUGAGCGACGCCGGUAUUCGUAUGCGAGAAGAUACACUGCUAGACAUGGUGCAGCAUUUGCGGGAUGACGUCGCGAUCGUCCAUCAGAUGCCGUUUGCUUGCGACGCUGAAGGUUUCGCAGCGGUGUACGAGAAGGUUUUCUUCGGCACCGCGCAGGCGCGGAUGUACCUCGGUGCUGACUUCCUAGGCAUCAAUUGCCAUGUUGGGAUGUCGUCGCUGGUGCGGAAGGAGGCCCUGGACGACGUGGGGGGUCUGGCGGCGUUCGCAGACUACUUGGCGGAAGAUUACUUUCUGGCGCAAGCCAUAGUGUCGCGCGGGUGGAAGAUGAGGGUGGCGUCAUUGCCGGCGCUUCAGAACUGUGGAGUUCGAUCUGUGGGUGCGCUUCAAGCGCGUCUGACGCGGUGGGCGCGACUACGCAUCGCGAUGAUACCGACCACAACUAUGCUGGAAGUGUUAAGUGAGUGUCUGCCGUUAGGCGCCGGCGCCGCGUGGGCCGCCGGCCAGUUAUUCGGCGCGGAACCUUUACCAUUCUUCUUGGUGCACGUCUUAGUGUGGUUUUUAUCAGACUGGUUGAUGCUUCGUUCAGUGCAAAAUGGGUCUCCUCCAUUCACGAAAGUGCAGUUCCUCCUCGGGUGGUUGUGGAGUGAGUGUUGUGCACCGUUUGUGUUAGCCGCGGCGCUGUUAAGCCCUGAGAUCUCGUGGCGGACUCGCAGCUACAGGCUGGACUGGGGUGGAAGAGCUCACGAGCUCAAGCCAGUGCAUACUCAAAAGCUUUAAUUUAUGAAUGAUUGUUGUAUGUAAAUGGUAUGCUUGAUGUGUGAAUCUGUUUAGAUAGUCAUAGUUUAUAUUAUUAUUUUAUUAUUUGUAAUGAGUAAACUUGUCGCUUUUGUUUUAGAAAGGCGUGUACAGUUUUUACUCUGUAACUUUGCUAAUUAAUCAAGCAAUUAUCAAUAUCUAUGAUUAUAAUUUGAUAAAGACUUAUGGCUCUUAUAAGGAAGCUUAGAUUUCUUGAGGUUGCAUGCAAUAUUUAUCAGUAAAUAGCUUAAAUUUUAAUAGCCAGCUUUAUAAGUGGUAAUUUCAAACUAAGGAUUGUUAAUGGUCAGGCUAACCAGAGCAUACAAGCUCGCAGGUUAUUGACUCAUUCCAUUUGUAUAUUAUCAUUUAAAAAAAGAACCAAUGAGUUGUGAGUCAUAAAUUCUUUUCAUUUUAAAGCAUGUUUCCUGGCUAGAUAGUAUAAAAAAAAUUGCCCAGUUCUUAGUUAUUAAGGAUUUAGAAAGUUCAAUACAGUUGGCAAUACUACCUCUACUUAUACUGUUUAACCUUCCUUAUUCAAAUGUAUAGUGUGAAUUGAUUUAAGUGGGAUUAUAUUACAAAUUAAGCUACAAUAAUGGCAUACUAGAUUGCACAGGACUUUAAGGUUUGGUUCACAUAAGCUGAAGAUUUACAGGAAGCACAUAAGGUUUGAAUAGGUAGUACCUAUCUGCUGUUUAUGAGAAAUUGAUCUACUCUCUGUGCUCCAAGCAAAAUUCUACUUGCUGUAUUAGUUUGAUAACAACAAACAAAUUGUCAAAUCAAACAAACCUGUCUUAUCAACCCUCAAUCGCUCCCUGUAUUUAAAACUGAAACAGCUUUAUGUUACAGAAAUACCUUGUAGACCAUUAUAAUGGUUGAUCAAAGGCAUUUCUAAGAAUAUAGAAAUGUAUUUUCCUGUGACAUACAAACCAUAUUGCAAAGUAGAUUUCUACGCCAAGUAAACAGGGUCAUUAAAUUCAAAAAAUAAUUUGUGAUGCUUUUCUAUGUGAUUUAAUUUUGAAAUUAUAUUUUUUGCACUACAUACCUACCUACCAAACUCUACUUAUACCUACCUAAGAAAAGUUGUGAGAAAUCCACCAUUUGACCUUCAUGGACAAUUAUACAAGGCACUUACCAAAAUUGCUAUUGAAUACUUUACAAAAUUCAGAAAUAUAUUCUGUGACAUUGGGUAUUAAUGACCUUAGUGAAAUAGACAAAUAUUUGGUAUGUAUCAUUGCCUAUGGUUCUAAAUCUGUACUACCUACCUCUUAUUUUAAAUCUAGUGUAGGAAUGCAUUAAAAGCAAUGUUUUAAAAUAGGUAGGUACCUAUUUCUUAAUUUGAAUAAAUACACUGCAUGUGUUAUCAAGAGCAUUUAAAAAAAGAAUACAUUUUUUUUUUGUGUUGCACCUACCUAUUUUAUGAGGAGUAAUCUUUGUUAAGAUCCCAUUUAAUGUUUUAAAUAAAACAAUGCGGCAGUACCUUUGGACUUGAGGUAUGUUUUGUAUGGUUGUCUUAAAAUACAAGGUCGAAUGGGACCAAUAAUGGCUGUUUAAUUGAGUUUAGUCACAGCCAAAUAAAUUUAUUUAAAAUUUGUACCAAAGACAUUUGAGAUUUAAGACUGGAUUAGAUUAGGGCUUUGAAGGUUUGUUUAGGGGUUUGAAGGUACUGCCUGGUUUAUUCUUAUUAUGGUUAUACUUAAUUAUUUUUGCGGCCAGUAUUUAUUUGGCUAAAACAUUUCGGAAAGUGUACAUUUAGGAUUUUUUUUUAAUUCACCAACAGAAUUAAAUUUUUCAACCAAAGUCAAAUAAGCUUGAGUGUAAUUUAAAUUAAAACAUAAUUUACUUUCCAUUUUUGCCACUUAUUUUUCGCUGGUGUAGUUGGUCAGUUACACGAACUGUAUGUUACUAUUUAAAAAUAUUUUCUGUUGAUUUGUUACACUUUUUGAAAAAGCAAACUUUUAUUUUUAAUAUUAGUUUUUUUUCUUGGCAUAAUAUUAGUUUUUUUUCUUGGCAUAAUUUUGAGGAAAUUUAUGUUGUAUAUAUGUAUUUUGAUUACAGUCAUUAAUUUAUUGAUCAUUAUUAUUUAUCUUCUUGGUCUUCAUCUUUUGUGAUUGUGUCAAUGAAAAACAGGUGUUAAAUUAAGUUAUCUCUUUAUCUGACGCACUAUCUUAAUCCUGUUAUCAAAAUAGCAUUUGGUCUCAAUCAUUGAUGUUUUACGUCUGCGCGUCGCUUAAUUUUUCUUUACCACGCACUCAAGAGACCCGUCUUUUCUUAUUAAAAGUCCUUGAAAACAAGAAUAAGGCAUACCGUUUUCUUUCUCUCUUUAAUACUUUAACCGAAUCAAUUUUAUCAUAUUCUUGCAAAUACCAGGCUGCAAAUUGGUAACGGUACAAUUUUACGGCUUGGCAUUUUCCGUUUACAAUGAGAUUGAAUUGGUGAUUAUUUUAAUAAUUUUGUAUAAAAAUCGCCUCAUGAAAGGAUAAAGUCAAUUUAAAUACAUACUUUCUAUUCUCAUGCAAUCGUUGUAAGUAUAUACUUGCUUAAAUUAUUUUCGAAAAUACUACUAUUCUACUUUAUUUAACCAUCAAUAAAAUGAAUGAAAGCACCGAAACCUACGAGCUUGCAUAAAGAGAUCUGAUGAAUGUGGCUGAAGCGAAAGAUGUAGUCUCUGCGUAACCCUCUGGGAAAGACGCGUUUCUUACUUAGGUAUCUAUGUAAUCAAUAAAAUUAAUCGCGAACACAAUGGAAUGUUCAUGAUGUUUCGUUGAGAACCUGUAUCGACAAACUUGUAACUGUGAUCGAUAUUUUCACAAAUUUAUAGGUCAAUGUCGAACAACGAAAGUGUAUGAGUAAUUAGUGUAGCUGUCGCCCGCUAGUAAAUACAAAAUUUUAGAUAUAAUGAAUGAAUAACAUGAAAACAUAUGAUUGAGGCGCUCACAAGUGGAUCAAUAGUCUUGCAAUGGAAUGUGUACAGUGUAAACGUCUUAAAUAUAAUCGAACAUACUUUUCGAUGCGUAAAUAUGUAUAUUAUACAAAAAAAAGUCACAGCCUGGAGAGAAUAAUAAUAAUUGGCGUAAAUAAAUUUACAAGAACACCCUUUUUGGAUUUUCCAAUAAAAGCUAAAGCUAAGCUAAGCUAAAUGCAUAAGUUUUAAAAGAUUUUGUUGGCCGAACUUUCUAGGUACUCACGAGGUACCUAAAAAAGUUUACCGUACCUAGCGAAUAAAAAAUGUAUUUGAUCGCGUAAAUAUUAAAUCUUUCCACUCGUCCUACAUCCCCGUAAUUGAUUGUAAUUUUUUAUAGCUCUCUAACUGCAAUAAAGGAAGGCUACGUCGGUUAAAACAGUAAAUUCUGAAAGGUAGCAAUAACUAGGGCUCGUCAAUGUCAGCGCACAAAGUUUUAUUUUCAUUGCUGUGAAUCUUUUAUGCGAUUUGGAUUUAGACAAACAUCAUGAAAUAUGUAUAAACAGACAUAUGAACCUACAUACCAUCACCGCCUGUCUCCCCCUGGAGGUAGGCAGAGAUUAUUUACACUUGCUACUAUCCAUACAGAACUCUCCCGCUUCCUCCGCAUUCAUUACACUUUUGAUGCCUAUUUGACGAUAAGGGUAUUCUUUACAUCUCCCUUUUUUAAGACGUACGAAAGUCCUUAAAAUUUCGACGAGGCCGGCCCUGUCCUACUUUUACAGUCAGCUGUGCCUUGUAAAUAUUUGAUUGAUCACUUAUGAUGUAAAUUGCGAUAUAUGCCGAAAAAUUUCUCAGAUUCCUUCUCAGAGAAUAAAUAAAUCAUCAUUAUAGAAAAACUUCCUUCCAAACAUCUGAGAGAUCAAUGCAAUUUGUGCUGAUCCAGAAAAAAUACUUACAUACGAGCGGUGUUGUUGCUAUGUUACUGUAAAUCUUUUUUGAUCCAUAUCCAUUCGCACAGAAAAUCUUUCAACUGCAAUAAAUGUUCUCUCCUAUACCUAAGUUCCAAGAGAUUCUAGUAUCUAAAUAUAGUUACUCUAACAGCUGAUAGUUACGCUAGAGACAGCUAUUUUAAGGCUCUUGACACUUAGCGAUAGAUCGGAAUAGUGACCUUGUACCAAAUUGUUUUGACAUGAUUAGCGUCACCAAAAAAUGUUGACAUUUCAGUUGCUGAAACGCGAAAUCAUUUAACGUUAUAAGUAUGAUUGAUAAGAUAGCAGUAUUCAAUUGUUUUAUUUAUAAACCAAUGUAAAAAUUAACACUGAUAAAUUUAAUAAUCAAUGACACACAUUUCAAUGGCGCCAAAUGACUGGAAAUUUAAGCGACGAUAAUUUUUUAUUUAUAGUACCUACGGUUUCGACUCCCCAUAACUUGCUGGUUUUUUUUAUCUAGGUGUUCUUUGUGACGAAGAUCCAUUCCGUAAAUUUUAUCGGCACAAUGAAUAACCACUUUUAUUGCAUUUGGAGCCGUAGUUUAUUGAUAAAAAUGUCUGAAAUAGUUCCAAAUACAUAGGUAUGUAUUUUAAAAUGAAGAACAAAUUUUUAGCUACCAAUUUGAAUGAUAAAUGCACGUGCAGUUUUUUUUUUCAAAUAAUGAAAGUGCUGACGUCUACGGUCGUUCUAUAAAUCCCUCCACGUGUCCGAUUUUGUUCAGUUACUGCCAAUUUUUCAUAGUUUUAAUGAUCCACUUUGAAAAAUACUGAUAAGUGAUAACCCCGUGAUAUUUUGAUAUUUGUGAAGUGAAGACUUCGAUUAAAACUUUUGAAAAUUAACGCAAUUCCUAAAAGCAAAAAUAAAUAUUUUUCUGGGAAUAUUCGAAAAGACGUUAAACAAAUACCUACCUACAUAUUUUAUUUAUUAUUACACGAAGCGUGAUAUAUUCUAAAAAUAUCUGAAUUUUAUGAUGCAUUCCACCAAUUUAAAUAAAAAUUGUAUCUAUUUCACUCAAGUUUCUCGACCUAUCAUAAUUGUAAAAAUUGUAUUUAUGUUCAGCCCAUUUUUAUGUUAAUGUAAAUCAUAUCGUGUGGAAAAACCUUGAAAUUAUACAACUAGGUAUUGGAAAUAAAAGGAAUGUAGAAUAGGAGAUUUCUAUAUAAAAUUAUUUAAUUUAAAAUAAAUAAAUUUCGUAAUGUUCAAUAGGAAAUUGUAUUGAUAUUUAAAUAAUGUUUAACAGUAAUAUCGCUAAUUAUUUAAUUACAAUUUGCAAAUAUAACCUAGAUACAUAUUUGUAAAUGAGUACAUUAUUUAGAAUUAAAUACCGAAAUUAUAUUUAUAAUUGGUUAAUAUGUUUAAGAUGUAUUUGUGCCAUUAUAACAAUUAAACGAAAUUGUUAAAAAACGCCGAUAUAUCUACCUACGCCCAUUCUGGCUACUCUGUAAUCAUGCAACCAUUGCAAUGGUUUCUGUAUCUACAUUAAUUUUCAAUUUUAUUUGCCAUUUUACGAGAAGUAGUGGUAAAUUUCCAACCGAUAAAGGGACAUCGCAAGUUGAAGCAAUAAUGACAAGUGCGAGUAAUAAAUUAAGUACAGUCUAUUAUACCAUGCUAUCGUAAGACAUCUCUACGAGUUGGCAUAACUAUGCAAUGUGCUGUUGCAUAGUUUUUUUUCCUCUUGGCCGUGUACCGCGGUAUUUUAAGCUUAAAAAUGUUUUUGUAAGAUGUCAGAUGAUGAAUAGUCAAAACAUCGUAUGUAUAUAAUCUGCUUUUUUAUUAUUCAUAUGCGACAGCAUAUUUAAACUAACAUUUCGUAAAAGAAAGAUUGAUUUUUGGACGGAUUAUAAAAAAAAAACUUUUUGCGCCUCUGUAACGAGACAUAUUUCUAACUAAUUGCUUUAUACCUAUGGCAAUAAAAAUUUAACUGUUAAAAAUAUAAGCUUCAUAAAUGCUGUUGUUUAUAGUUUUAAUUUCAAUAUGUUAAAUUAGAAGCAGUGGAUUUACCAGUGUUUCGUGAAGUGUUUAAUUGUAGCAGCAUAAUUAAAUUAUUAUCCGAAUGUGUGAAUAUGCAAUAAUUGAACAUUAAUUAAGUACAAAUAUUAAUACAAAUGCGUGCAAGCCGAAAAUAUUACCACAAAAGCACUGUUUCCGUCGGAUGCAUAUUAUGAUAAACCUUCUUUUUUUUAAUACUGAACACAGUCAAAAUGC